AUGGAUUUCAAUGGGAUUUUUGGAGCUGAAUUGGAAGAGUCGGAUGACAACAGCUCCGAUGGAGACCGUGGCUGUUAUUAUGCGAGUGACGAAGAAGGGGACGAGGAUGAAGGUGACCCAACAGGAUGCAGAGAAGAUGAAAAUGGUAACCUCUCAGGUGGUGCCAGUCAUGCCGGGGAUGAUGGGAAAAGUCGUCCAGUUGUCGCAGAGGAUUUUAUGGGCAGAGAGUUUGUCGGGGAGGAGGAUGCCUAUCUUGCUUACAAGGAGUUUGCUAGAAUGAGGGGUUUCGGGGUCCGCAAGGGCGAUGUGGGGCGUGUCGACGGGGUUUUGGUCAGGAGAGACUUUUUCUGCCAUCGACAGGGCACAAGACAUGCUAAGCACUAUGAUCGUCCUGAGCGAGUUAGGGAGGAGAGGUUGGAGAGUCGAACCGACUGCAAGGCGAAGUUGAAGAUUUUCUAUGAUGUGCAACGCAGUGUGUGGAAGGUCAGGAGCAUCUUCGAUGAGCACAACCACGAGCUUGCUCCGGCCAUGUUUUCACACCUCGUACCUAGCCAUCGCUCGAUGAGUGAUGGUGACAAAGCACAAGUUGAUAGCAUGAAGCAAUUUGGUAUACCAACUGCGAAGAUAAUGGCUUACAUGGCUGGUCAAUCUGGAGGGUAUGGAAUGCUGCGAUUUACAAAGCGUGAUUUGUAUAAUUAUAUACAUGGUCAAAGGCUGGCCCGAAUCAGUGAUGGCGAUGCUGCAGCAACGAUCAGUUACUUGGAGGGCAAGGCGAAUGCCGACAUGACGACUGUAGCACAUUACACGCGAACUGCCGAUGAUCGGCUGGGGAGCCUUUUCUGGGUCGACGGUGAAAUGAUGACCGACUAUCAGUUAUUUGGUGAUGUUAUGGCCUUUGAUUCGACGUAUCGGUCUAAUAAGUACAAGAAACCGCUUGUAGUGUUCUCUGGGUCAAAUCACCAUAAACAGACAACCAUUUUUGGAUUUGCGCUCCUGGAGGAUGAGGAAGUUCGUACUUACCGGUGGCUGCUGUUAAAUCUUGUAGAUGUAAUGGGAGAGAAGACUCCGUGUGUUGUUGUCACGGAUGGGGACAAAGCGAUGCGCGCAGCCAUCGCGGAGGUGUUCCCGGCAGCAAGGCACCGGCUGUGGGGUGGCACUUGGAGAAAAACUGUGUUCAACGGGUUAAGGAUACGGAGUUCCGAAAGGUUUUUAAGAAGGCUAUGUAUGCGAACUUCGAGGUGGAGGACUUCGAGGAAUAUUGGAAGACGGCGGUGGAGUCACUUGGCCUACAAAAUAAUAGUUGGGUUCAACAAACAUACGAGGUUAAAGAAAGUUGGGCAACAGCAUAUCUCCGGGGCACUUUCUGUGCGGGAUACCGAACAACCUCAAGGUGUGAGGGGAUUAAUGCAUACAUAA